AUGUCGUCGGAGUGGCCAAAGCUGCGCGAUAUCAUUAAAGCCAAGCUUGAAAAGAACAUCUUAUUAUUCUUGUCGACGACAAAGCAGCCCGAGCGACCUGCGCCCUUUCAUCCGACACCGCUAAUUACUGGUGGCCUGAAGCUACCUCCCUUUCCUCCUCGAAAAUUAAACCAGCUUCUUCAUGUCAAUGAUGUGCCGGUCAGCUAUAUGAAUGAACAGCAAGCUAAUGAAUUGAAGGGACAUAUAUUCGCGCAAUUGGAUGAGUUUGAUUUGGAUAACCCACCAUUCACCAUCCAACGGCUAUGUGAGCUUUGCAUUCGCCCGAAACGAAACUACAACUCCAUCGGAAAAUACUUGCGCGCAGUGGAAAAAUCUAUCCUAGUCACGUCAACCCAGGACAGCUUCCCUCCGCUAACGGAGGCUGAGCUAGAUUCCUCUGGCCGAAGUGCCAUCUCUCUAGGCUCAACAAGACAAUCCGCACCAAGCACGCCACUCUUCUCGCCCAUUCCAUUUUUACAUGACGACGCGCGUCGAUCUAAAUCACGAAGUCCGCCUCCAACCCCUCUGACGUUGGGACCAAGUCUAGAUGGGCCAGAAACUAAAGCCCUCGGUCUUGUUGACGAGUUGGACGACCCGAGCCCCGGUCAUCUCAGUGAACACCCAACCGCGCUGACAUCCACCACAACGGUCAGCAAAGAUGCACCCCCGCACUCGCGGCCUUUCCUAGGGAGUCUCGGACAACGAUUUGUGAAGUCGGAAGGUGUGGAUGGAAAUAACGCCUCAGCCGUGCAAGGUGAUUCUGAUAGCAUGAUACUUGAUGACGAUAAGGAAAACACCAAAUCGUGA